GGGUGGAGGGAGGUAUAAAGUCUGCUGUCAUGUAUAGAACAUCACACACAUCACUUUCUCCUUCAAUACAAUUCCUUGAAGGUGCACCUUCAUCUCGUUAUUUUUGAAGAAAUCAGCUGUGAAUAUCUUCCAUGAUGUCUGACAUUGAGAAGGCCAUGACUCUCCUCAUCAGCUCCUUCCAUAAGUACUCUGGUAAGGAAGGGGACAAAAUGACCCUGACUAAGGGAGAACUGAAGGACCUACUCGAGAGUGAGCUUGAAGGCUUCAUAGGGAAAUGUGCUGACAAGGCAGCAGUUGACCAGCUUUUCGAAAAACUCGACAGAAACCAGGACAACACUGUGGAUUUUAGUGAGUUUGUGUCGUUGAUCACCUGCCUGACUGUGGUGUGCCACGAGGUCCUCAACUCCAAGAAUUAGCUCCUGAGCACCACCUGGAGGCCAACAGGAGCAUUUCACCGCUGAAAGAGGAAAAAAGA